CGAUGUGUUGAAUAAAGGCGGUUACGAGGCUGCGAUCAAUCUUUGGAAGAAAGUGCUUUUCGUCUGGGACUAUCUACACGGCGUAACGGAUGUCCUCGCGGAGAUCGUGGAUGUCGUCUCGACCAUUCUCUUCCGUGUUAACCAAUACUGGUCGGACAAGUACAACAACGGCCUUUCGCUGUACCUCUCUGAGCGGUGGGAGGAAUUCUUCAUACUCCACUUUAGUCGUAUGCUGCGCUGGACCAAGUGGUACAUGCGUCAUAUCCUCAUUGAGCCAAAGCAGCGUAAAUGGAUCGACCACCUCCUUUCAGGGACAACGAGCCUGCAGGAGACUCUAGACUUGAUAUGCGCUAUCAUCACCGCCCAAACCAUUCUCCGUCGUCUGGACGCAAUCGAGCCUAUCCCCGACAGCACGUUUUCGAGUGGUGACGUGCGGCUCGCCAUGUUAUCCAUGUAGCCGAUGUAUAUUCCGCGAGGAACCUUGAAUUGUCCGGCAGAACAUCUGCAGUAUUACAUUAGCCGAGAUAUAUAGCCUUCAUCAACAUCAUCUUAUGC